AGAGAGAGAGAGAGAGAGCCGUGCCGGGGUUCAUAUACCCCCAGGGCGACUGCAACGUUCUACCAUGCCACCGACCAAUCAAUGGAGCUUCUCUACCUCUGUGUCUCACCCUGCUUCCUCUCUUUCCCUCUCUCUCUCUCUCUCUCCCUCUCUGUCCGUUCGUCAUUCUUUUUCUCUCGAUUUUCCGCGAUUCUUCGUCCAUCAUACGUAAUAUCGCACACACGCAUCGUCCCCCUUCGAAGAUUUACGGUAUUAAUACUUGACAACACAGCGAGUGCCCAAUGCCACCCCUACGGACAAAUGCGUGUACCGAUAAUCCAUCGAAACUUGGUUCGAGUUUAAAGAGAGCCGAUGCUAAUUCUCGUAACGAGUUCUCGAGGACGAUAACGAUACGAAUAUAUAGGGUUGCGGGGGUAAUACGUUGCCGCUCGCCUAUUAAAUUUAUCCUUGGCCUUUGAACAAAUAAUGCCGUCAACGAGAAAAACACGAGCAAAAAUUGUUCUGCCUCGUUUGAUAUCAUCGUUUAUUUUUAUCGCUUAUAUUUUUCGAAUUUUCCUCUGCGACGAAAGAUUGUGCGUCUCUCAUUAAUCGCAAUUAUUUCCCUUUUUCUCUGUCAAUCGGUUGCGUCAAUCGGUUAUCGGGAUUCAGUGAUAACUCAUCGAUUUCGAUAGAUUGAAAUUUUCAUUCCAAUCCGAAUGCACGUCAAAGUCGCAUGUAUUAUUUCAUUACGUGGAAUAUUUCAUCAUGACUGACCCAACCAUUCCUUUUCUCUCCACAUUUAUGUUUACUUUACGUAAUCACCCUUUGUGGACUUCGAGAAGACGUCGUAAGGUUUCCCUGAAUAUUUAGUGAUGCGAUCAUUGCCUGACGAGAGAGGGACGAUCAUGAAUCGAUGCAUAUUUAUUUACGAGGAAAUACAGGCAAAAAAAAAAGCGGAGAAGAGCUACUACAAGGAAAAAACAAAUCGAUCGGUUGCACCUUAAUUAGCACGAUGAUGCGCGUUUGAUCGAUCUUCGAUUAUAUUUCCUAGGUGGGGUUACAGGUUUCGUCCAUUUUGCGCAAAUGUUUGUUAAAAUUAUCGUCUCUAUUUCCAACUAUUUUACACUAUUUUCCAACGAAGUUAUAUACAUCCAAUUGAUCUCGUCCAAGGUUUCCUCCUAGGAUAGAAAUUAUUUAUACGCCCCUUAUAAUUACAUAUCCCCUCGCAUAUUUUAUACUUGGAUAUUUAGGGAGCUAUUUUCACUAACCAAGUUUGCCAUUGUUCCUCCUCCGUUAGUUCCAUUGGCUCGCCUUUGUCACGCCUCGAACCAUUAAUAGGAUUCGUGAGAAUAUCGAUAGGAUAGUCGGAUAUAUUAUCGACGAAUCUCGUCAAGGGUUCAGUGACCCUGGAAAAACUUCACGGACGGAAUUAUUACUCCCGUGGCAGGGUAUGGGUGGAAUUAUGCUCGUGCACGAGCGUAGCGGCGGAUCGAUGAUGAAGGUGGGGCCAUACCCCAAAAACGUUGCUUCGACAGCUGGAUCAUAACGAAAGAGAGGAGGGUUGGUUCUACGUUUUGUAGCCUCGACUCGAAUGAUUCACAAUUUAUGUCUCUUCACGGCUUUGAUCCGAUAUACCGGAAAAUGGUAAAUCAUCAUUCCCGUUGGCACGCGCUAUUCUCCUCAUCUAAAUGCUCGAAAAAUAUAUAUACCUCUUGGUCAGAAUUACGGAGGAUUGAUUCACGUAUGGAUGGAGAAGCGAUUAGAAUGAUUUCGAAUAAAUUUCCCUCUCGGUUCGAUGGUCUGAAUAUUGUUUCGCUCGUUCGUUGUCGCUAAGGCGAUCAGAGGCCGGCAAACUUUCAUAAUUCCAACGGUAAUGCGGUGACAACUUCCUGUCGCACCGUGUGGCCGGUUUUAAAGCCACCGAGCAUAAUGGAACACGUUCACAUAUGCGUCCACUGUGUCCCUAUUUUUUUUUCCUUCUUUUUUUUUUUUUCUUUUUUUUUUUUGCAUACCGUUUCGCAUCUGUUGCAAGUCCUGUGCCCAGUUUCGUUCCCUUUUUUCUCAUGCUAGAUACAAUACAGGCUUGCUCCCUCCUUCUCCUUCUUUGGCCGAUGUUAGGUCCGGUCAUGUACGUAAUACGCAAAGAACCUGGUCAAUCGUUCAUGUCUAACAAAAGCAGGAAGUCAAUCGAAAAGAUCGUUUCCUUUGAUUAUUAUUGAGGAUUAGCGGAUAUGAGAAGAUUGAUUUUUUUUUUUGUAGAGAUUGGAAUAAGAAAUAUAGGAUCGAAGUACAAAUUGUAUACUUCAUUUGGAUCUAGGAAAUUCAAUUGGGUAUAGAUCGAUGAUAAUUUGAUUCGUCGAUAGAUGAGACAGAUCUCUUCCGUAUUUAUAGUGUUUAUGCGUGAAUAUAUUUAUAAUUUUUGUGAUAUGUAUUCGUGGGUUUGAAUCGAUAAGUGAUUUCUUUGUAUCUUUUUAGAAAGGAGUAACAAAUUAUCAAGAAUUCAAUUUCGUACUCUUUCGUGUCUUAAGUUUUAAUUAGGCGAAUUUUAAAGUGAAGGUACGUGAUAGAAUCGAGGAUUUCUUCAGGAAGUUUUGACAAAAUAGUUCAUUCUGUAUGAUGAUGUAAUAUAAGGGAAACGAAUUUCCGAAAACACGAACUCGCGGUUAUUGGCACGACCGCCAAGUGUUGCUCGGCUUGUUUCGUCAGCAUCGCAUAAUUUUGGCUCGCCGUCAUUUUAGAGACUGCAUUCUCUCUCGAUCUUCGAAGAUAAAGCCAGGGUAAGGUCAGGGAUGCAGCUUGGAUUCGUUCACUCGUGUUCUUCUUUUUUUUCUUUCUUUUUUGGAAAAUGAUUCCAAUUAUCCACACAAUAACGAAUGAAAUUUUUGCGUUCAAAACUCGAUCAAAUAUUCGACAGAUCUAGCAGAAACGUGCGAUGAAGAAAGAGGAAGAAACGAUGCAUAAAUCGAAAGAGAACGAUUCAGAACGAGUUCAUCGGCUUUAUCCUCCUCCUAUUUUUCAUCUUUGGACUUUGAUGACUCUCGCGGAUCGUGCAUUUUUUUUUUCAAUCUUCAAGAAAGAUUCAAUUUCAUGGCCUUUUGGCAAAUGGCCACCAAUAAGUUUCGACGAUGUAAUUCAUGGUUUCGAGUUCACUACCGAUCGAGUGCGGCCUCGUAAGGGGUAAAAGGACUCUUGUAUCGACGCGAUAGCGCGCUGAGACGACGACGGGGGUCAAAAACCGUGAAGGGGUGGUCAUGAUCUGAUGCAAGGGGUGAUGCAAGCGGCGAGAGGGAGGCAAGAGGGAGGGCAUACCUUCUGCCUCGUAAUGCCAGGGAGCCAUGUUGCAAACAUUUCCUAACGAACAAACCCCUUGCAAAUAUCUUGAGGGGGAUACUGAAAUAUUGCGCGUGAACGGCCCCCAGCUUGUCAGCCCUCUCGUUAACUGGAUGCAGUUUAAACAAAAAUGACAGGUGUCGUUAUUAUUAUUAUUUUUUUUUUAUAAUCCUUUUAACACCGGAAUAAAUAAAAAAUCGCGACUCGAACCUUAACCUAAUCGUAACAAUUAGGAUACGAGAGAGCGAAAGGGGAAAAUUUAAAAUCCUGGGAUAAAAAAAUACAACGUGGAGAUUCGAAAUUUAUUAAAAUUCGACAAAGGGGAAAAGAAUGAAGAGGGGGAGGGCAAGGGAGCCAGUUCGAUCGGCGAUGGGAGGUCACAGUUUAUUUAAGAACGCGCAUACGUCUCUUAUUAGUUCGAUCGGCAACCCCUCGCAGCAUACGAGUACAUACGCGCGAGUUGGUAGGAGGAGAUACGUAAUAACGAGGGGUUUGCAGUGGGUUGGCAACGAGCUUAGCCGAGGGUGCGCGACCGCGCCCGAGCCAGGCCGACUUCGGCCGAUCGAGCUCGUCGGGCUGUGCAAGCCGCUUGAAAGCGGCUGGUGUGUCCAGUCUCUAGGCAGCCUCCGCCCGUGUUAUAUCGUUAUUUCCGUUUCCUUAGUAUAGUGUUUAACGCUUUAAUUUCUAGUCUCGCGUAACCCUCUACACAAUCACACGCACACACACACACACACAUACAAUAUAUAUACACACAUAUACGCGUAUAUUGCAUUCUAUUCUUUAAAUCCGCGCGCCCACACAGACACGCAUACACGUUACACACACUGUACGUACUCCCUCGUUUUCUUUUUCGACGACGAUCGACGAAAUUUGGUGAUCUCGUUUUCUCGACGAUAUCGGACGUGAAUAAUUUUCGGCUCGCCGCUCCGUACAUUUACACGUACACUCACACAUGUGCUCGUCAAAGUGAAACCAAAGGACUGUCGACCAGGAGGCGAGCAUAAAUGCCGAUUUACGAGCGCUCGCGUCGUACUUUUCUUUCAUUGAUUUCCCCUUCUGUUCCGGGCGGCGGUGCGAGAGCGUGAUAGUAGGUGCACGUAAAGAGAGAGUCAGAGAGAAGAGCAGGGACCGGCACGAUUCAUCGACCAGUCGUUUAAUAAAGUUGUGCACGUUGCUCGGUUUCGCGUGCGACUUGGAAAAGAGUUUUCGGAAGGAAAAAAGAAAAAAGAAAGGAAGGAAAAGUAACGUCGAGGGAGGGAGAGAAAAGAAGUACGGGAAGAGAGAGAGAGAGAGAGAGUGUCGCGUCUCGCGGAAGGAGAAAGGAAAGAAAAAGGUGUUCUCUGUGUUUAUCGUGUGGAUGUGUGUCGUGUGCCUCUCGCGUGCAUCGAUAAAAAGGUGGAUCCUGUAAAGAUAGUGGAAAGAAGAUUUCGUACGUAGUUAGAAAGGACCCGGUCGAAGAGUGCAAUGAUGGCGAACGGAAUGGACACAGUCGUACAACAAAAUGGUGGAUCCACCCUCGGACAGGCCUCGCAGGAAGAGUCGAAAACGAAUCUCAUAGUAAAUUACUUGCCCCAGAGCAUGACACAGGAUGAGAUUCGAUCCCUCUUCUCGAGCAUUGGCGAGGUUGAGAGUUGCAAGUUGAUUCGUGAUAAACUCACCGGUCAGAGUUUAGGUUACGGUUUCGUUAACUAUCACCGGCCUGAGGAUGCUGAGAAGGCGAUAAACACGCUCAACGGUCUUCGUCUGCAAAAUAAAACGAUCAAGGUAUCGUACGCGAGACCGAGCAGCGAGGCGAUCAAAGGCGCAAACUUGUACGUGAGCGGUUUGCCGAAGAACAUGACGCAACAAGAUCUGGAGAAUCUAUUCAGCCCGUACGGCAGAAUCAUCACGUCGCGGAUACUUUGCGACAACAUCACCGUACGACAGUUUGUGACCGGCGGCGGAGACUAUUUGCCCGAGAAGAUGAUGAUGGACCCGUUGAAUAACUUGAACCGAUUACCGACAGGAUUGUCGAAAGGGGUCGGUUUCAUAAGGUUCGACCAGCGGGUCGAGGCCGAGAGGGCGAUCCAAGAAUUAAACGGUACCAUUCCGAAGGGCUCGUCCGAGCCGAUCACCGUCAAGUUCGCCAACAAUCCGAGCAACAACAACAAGGCGAUACCGCCGUUGGCCUAUCUGACACCGCAGGCGACCCGACGAUAUGGCGGCCCAAUCCACCAUCCGACCGGCCGCUUCAGGUACAUUCCACUGUCGCCACUAUCCAGCACUGGCAAGGCCAUGCUUGCCAUUAACAAAGGCUUACAGAGUAGGUACAGCCCGCUGGCAGGCGAUCUAUUGGCAAACUCGAUGCUACCCGGGAACGCGAUGAAUGGUUCCGGCUGGUGUAUCUUCGUGUAUAAUCUCGCCCCAGAGACCGAGGAGAACGUGCUGUGGCAGUUGUUCGGUCCGUUCGGCGCCGUCCAAUCGGUCAAAGUGAUCCGCGACCUGCAGACGAACAAGUGCAAAGGCUUCGGUUUCGUGACGAUGACCAACUAUGACGAGGCGGUGGUCGCCAUCCAGAGCUUGAACGGUUACACGCUCGGUAACCGGGUUCUCCAAGUGAGCUUCAAGACGAACAAGAGCAAGGCGGCGUAGGACGACAAGCAACAGCAGCAACAGCAUCACCACGAUCACCACCACCACUACGACCACCACCACCAUCAUCGGGCAGCGGGAACAACGGCAGCAGCGGCGGCGGCGGCAGUAGCGGCGGCAGCCACGCCGGCUGUGGCGGCAGCCGCGGCCACGAUCGGUCAGGCGACCGCUACAAAGGCCAUCCUCGGCCCAACGACCGCGGCAGCCGCGGUGGUCGCCGCCACAGCGACCGCCGCCGCUGCGGCCGCGGCUGCGGCCGCGGCCCUGGUCACGCCCGCGACCGUCCAAGCGCUCGCGACUGCCUAUGCUUCCACUAAGAAGAUCGACCACCACCACCACCAUCUCCCCAUCGAUUCCGUGAUCAACAUCCUGAACAGUCGUGAUCGCCGAGAGAACCAUCGUAACCAUCACCACCACCACCACCACCAUCACCACCAUCACCACCAUCAUCACCAUCACCAUCACCACCACCACCAUCGCCAUAAUUAUCAUCGACAGUCACAUAACCAGUAUCAUCCGUUGAAAGGUUACAACUCAAUGUCCGGCUAUGAAAUGAUAAUUAGGGGUACGACGAAGAGAUGUCGUUGGGGCGGCAGAUACGAUUACGAGAACCACGAUGACGAAUACAAUUCCGACUAAAAAUGAAACAAAUGAAAUAAAUGGAUGCUGAGAGCUCCCUGGAGAAAACUCGGUCGAGAGAGGGAAGGGAGGGGGGAUAUUAAAAAAAAUAAAAGAUAAAAAAAUAAAAAAAAAAGAAGGAGGAGGAGGGAAGAAUGGAGGCGAGUGAGAGGUAGAGGAGAGGGGAGGAUGAUAAGAGAUACUCGUGCGCGUGUGGUGCGUGUAUACGUGCGUCUGUAAAGGGUGUGCGAUGCGUGUGUAGUAGGUGCGCGUGGCUGAGCGGGGGAGGGACGGCGGAGGGACGAGGAGGAAGAGGUGGCGAGGACGGAGAGAGGUAGGUCGUUCGAUUUACCUGUAAUAACUGUACUACGAGGGGCGAGAGGUGGAUCGAAAGGGGAAGAGAGAGGAGAAGUCUUGCUUUUUUUCUUUCUUUCUUUCUUUCCUUCCUUCCUUCGCUUUACUUUUACCCUCUCUCCUCAUCUCUGCUCGCUUCUUUCCCCUCCCCUUCCCCCCCCCCCGCUAUCGUCGUCCGUGAUAACGCGAGAUCCCGUCUUGUUUCUCUUCUCUUUUCGAGGACAUUUCGUAUCGCUCAAUCCCUGGAAAUUACAAUAAUGAAAUAAUGUAAUGAAGAGAGAGGGAGAGGAAGGAAUGUUGUUCUUCUUCUCCGUGGCCGAUAAAACGUGGCUCGUGCGACCGCUGCGAAUAUUGUACAUACGUUUUGCCGAUUUAUGUAUUAUGUACGCGAGUGCACGAGCCACGCGAAUUGGCGAACAAUUUUUCCGAUUCUGAGGGGAAAAAGAGUGAAAUCUCCGCGAGAAUCAACGGGACGAAUUGAAUUGAAACGAAGGGAGAGGGGCGUCUCCUCUCCGCUCGAUCGCAAAAAGUCGCAACGACUUGAUGCCGCGAGAUUGAUGUGAAAUUUGAGAAAAGGCAGGACCUGAUGGAAUUUUUUUUUUUUUCUCUAAAAUCUCGAGAAGGAACGAAGGGAGAGAGAGAGAGAGAACACGACGGUAUCUCGCGUUUUCCUUAAUUAGAUUGGCUUAUUUAUAUCGAUCACUUCGAUGGAAAGGAUUAAGAGAGAGAGAGAGAGACACACACACACACGGAGAACGAAAAAGAAAAAAAAGAAAAAGAGUGCGUAAUAGUAGGUGGUUGUAGGGGAAUGGUGUUGUAGAGAGGAGGGAUGAAUGAACGGAUAGAGAAUAGAGUGACAUGGCGGGGACGAUGGAGACGUCGUUGCGAGCGAGGACGGGACGGGGACGAUCGAUAGAUCGAUCGAAGUAACGACAAGGGACGACAAGUAGAGCUCUCUGGUGUAUAAGGAUAUAAGAGAAAUGGGAAUUAUCGAUAGUCGGGAAAAAAGAGAGAAAAAAAAGAAAAAGGAAAAAAAAAAGAUCAACUAUUGAAACUAGCACGUAUAUCGGAAUACUCUCUACCGUUGCACGAUUUUCGAUGAACAAGCGCGAAAGAGAGCGACGAGGAGAGCUCGGUUAAAAACUAGUUGUUAAAUUGCGAGCGAUUAUUCUUUUUUCCCCUUUUUCUUUUUCCUGUCCAACCAGUGAGACUUAAACGUACUUAAAGGAAGCUAAACUUUCUUAAUAUGUAGUUGAAUUAAGGACGAGCGAUCGUCCGGACAAGUAUCGAAAGACGAAGUAUAAUAAUUAUUAUUAUUAUUAUUAUUAUUAUUAUCUAUUUAAGAAGAUAUUUUAGGGCUUACGUGCUAUAAUAUAUUAUUGCAAUGCGAUGUCGCGACAGAACUAAAAGCUCGAAACGUUAUAACAGUGACCCGAGGGAUUACGUCACGUUUCGUUGUAACGCAGCAAACGCGUUGUACUUAAUUUUCUUUUUUUGCUAGUCACACAAGCUCUUAUAUACUUCUCUGUCGAUUGCCCAAAGAAUAUCCGACUUUUUUUUUUUUUUUCUUUUUUUUUCGUUUUAUCAUUAUUUUUUUUCUCUCUCCUUUUCUUUUUUUUUUUUUUGCCUUAUUUUCUCUUUUCUUUUCUUUUUUUUCCUUUUUUUUUUUUUUUUUUGUUUGUUCCUUUUGCCUUUUUCUCUUUCUUUACGUAUAGUUGAUAUGUACGUAUGUAUAAGAAAUCUUAGCUAGUACAAAGUGCUUUCUUGAGUGCAGAGUCUGAUUUUAUCGAGCAUUGCUUAUUAGUGUCCUUCGAAUGUGCACCGUCCACUAUUUGGACGUUUUAGAAGAAUUUUGUCAGCCAAAUUUUUAACCAAAAUACACACACACACGCGUAUAUACAUAUAUGUAUAUGUAUAUAUAUGUGUAUAUGUAUGUAUAUACGAAUAUAUUAAUACACAUAUGUGCGCAUGUACACAUAGAUACUUAUACAUACAAAAAGAAAAAAAAAAAACAAACUGGUUGCAACGGGGGAGAAAGUGUGAACGGAAACAUUGUUCCUCCCUCCGUGGCGACAAAGAUAUUUCCGAUUUUUAUAAACACGAACGUUCGAUUUCCCUUUUUUAAUGAAAAUAUUGAAGGAAAAAAAAGUCCAACGUACAAAGUAAUAUUUCAUAGAGAGACGGUUUACUUAUAUACAUGGUACGCAGAUUGGACGCGUUGUGUCUUUUCUUGCUACUGCAAGACUGCUCCUUCCACAACGAAGAAGGAACAACGGUUAAAGAAAUAUUUCGCGACGGUGCACGGAUAUGUGAUACACGGACAGAUCGAGAAAGGAUGAUCGACGAAAUGAUUCCGGAUCGUCGGGAAACAUGUGUCUAGUCUACGUGCAAAGAGGCGUCGAUGCAUAGAAAAAUGUACGGCGCCCCCACCCCCACCCGUUGAAAAAAACCUCUCCACACAAGAGAAAAACGAAAAAAAAAAAAAAAAAAUUUCUUUUUUUUUUUUUA